UUCCUCGAAGAUCUACCAGAAACGCUUCAGUCGGUCAAAGAAGUCGAUACGUUCCGUCAGUGUUCAGCGUUCUUUGGUCGCGAGUCGACGUGUGUUGGUACUCCUUCGUUUACGCAAAAUGUCGCCGAUUUGGCUAUUGUUGACAGUUGUUGUCUGUGUUCUCGGUGAACCAUUGAGGACUUGCGAACCGAUUAGAAUUGAUCUAUGCUCUGGUUUGGGGUACAAUAUGACAGGUAUGCCGAAUCUUGGCGGUAACGAUCAACAACAAGAAGCUGAUUAUACUUUAAAAUCAUUUUCUCCACUGAUACAAUACGGUUGUAGUUCCCAAUUGAAAUUAUUUCUAUGUUCGGUUUAUGUUCCUAUGUGUACGGAAAAAGUGGCGAAUCCUAUAGGACCCUGUAGGGGACUCUGUGAGAGUGUUAGGUCCAGAUGUUAUCCAGUUUUGAGAGGUUUUGGGUUUCCGUGGCCUGAAGCCUUGAAUUGCUCCAGGUUUCCUGUGGAAAACAACCAUGAGCAUAUGUGUAUGGAAGGACCAAAAGAUAAGGGUAUUGAUGUUACUGCUCCUGUUGAUCCUGCUGUCCAGAAGUUUAAUUGCGCGCCCCGGUAUACUAGAGAUGAAUAUGGGGGUUGUGUACCAACUUGUGAUACCAAUUCGUUGUUUGAGGAGCACGAGAAGAGGUUUGCAGAGGUUUGGGUAUCCCUAUGGGCACUCAUCUGCUUUGUAACCAGCUUCGGUUCCGGUUUGACCCUCAUAAUUGGCGGUGGUAGAGCCAGGGCACCCCCACUGGUCAGCAUGGCCCUCUGCUACUGUCUCAUCAGCAUUGGCUGGGCCCUCAGGAUGUUCUCCGGCAGAAUGACAGGUGGAUGUCAGAAUGGAGAAGUAGGCGAUGGACUGGACAACGUCAACUGCUCUUUCGUUUUUCUGCUGAUCUACUACUUUGGAAUGGCGGCCAAAGCUUGGUGGGGUUGCUUAUGUGCCUGGUGGGUUGCAAGGGUAGGUCUCCAGUGGAGCCCGGAGAAAAUGAGGAGUCUGGAGACAAUCUUACACGUCUGCGCCUGGGGCUUACCAGCAGGUCAGACGGUGGUGGCUCUUGUUCGAAGGGAUGUUGAUGCAGACGAUCUAACAGGAACCUGUUACGUUGGCAACAAAAACUCAGACACUCUCCUAAGCCUUGUCUUACUCCCGGACAUCGCCUACUUUGCCGUUGGAAUAACCUUACUCAUCUUCGGCUGCAUUUGCGUUAUCAAAAAACCUGCCCAAUCUGCCGCUGCUCCUCUCACUGCUGCCACACCAAGGAAAGAAAGUGACUUCUUAGGCGCCAUCUGCACCUUGUACGCUAUCCCAACUUUCUGUGUAAUGGCCACCGUCUACUACGAGUACAACGAACGUGAGCUUUGGGUUACCGGACGUGCAAAACCGGCUUUAUGGGCCUUCUUGAUCCGGUACCUCAUGUCAUUGUUUGUUGGAGUAAGCACAGUGUUCUGGAUAUGGUCUUUCAAGACUGUCACAGCCUGGAGAUCGGUUCUGAAGAAACUUGGACCUAAGCAACAACCGCCACUGAAAGUUGCAACGUUGCCAGUUUUGCGAUAUGUACCCCAACCACAAAACUCAAUCUCUAGCAAUUUGAGUACCAGCAGCAGGCAUUCUAUCAGAGCUCAUCCUCAUAGGAAACCUAGGUUGCACCAUUUGAAGGGACCUGGUGGGGAAACCAUAAUAUAAGAUUGGAAGGUUUCAAAAGUUUUACCAUAUUGGUAAUACUGACUUAGAAAAACAGGAGGAUCAUUCAACAUUUAUCUGUAUAAAUAUGAUAUAGUUCCUGAUAUUUAAUUCACGAUGUGAAUCCACCACAUUUCUUUGAGAAAAAAAAACCAUGAAACUCUUUGCUGGAUUUAGCAAUACCCUGAUUGUAGAUAUUUGUAUAUAAUUUCGAUAAAAGCUUGUGUAUUAUAUUUAGAUGAAGCUUUGAAUUCCUGAAAGUUCUACUUAAGUUUCAAUAGAAUUAUAUUUCAGUUUAUUAUUUCAACACAAUAUAGUAAGUUCUUACCUUUUUUUACCAUUUUUAUGAAAUAUUUUACAUGAUAGUAUCAAUUCUUACUUGCCAUAUGGUUCCUUCAUUGCCUACUGUGUUAUACAACAACAUUUUUCUUGCCUCUUAUAACUUCUUCACGAGUUGUAUAUUAUUUUAUACUUGUAUUUUCAUGAAGAUAUAUUCAUUAUUAUUUAAGUAGUUGAUCUAGUUGUAAAUAUUUGGUGCCAUAGUGUAUGUACUUUCAUUUAAUUUUAGUUUACUGAUGUGAAAUCAUUUUCAUACAUUAUUUAUUUUUGUGAUAUGUUUUUUGUAUAUAAUAAAUAUAUAAAAAAAUUU